GAGAGAGAGAGAGAGAGACUUCUUCUUCCUGGGAGUCUUGCGCACCGGCGGAGAAAAACUGAUCCUUCUACAGGUACGAUUAUUAAUUCUAAUAAGUUUAGUGGUAUUAUUGUUCUUAUUAUUAUUAUUAUUAUAGAAACUAGGGUAUCAUUUCGCUCAAUAAAAGAACACCGUAAAAAAGGCUUGCGACUCUUUUCAAAUGAGAACAAGUUUCGGUGUUUGAUUCGCUCGCGCGCGGCUUGUUUAAAAUAAAUGAACUAAAAGUCUAAAGUCUUGCUCGUGAUGAUGAGAUGAGGAGCAACACAGCGACAUGCGGGUCAGCGCGGGGCGGUCAGCACCGGAAACUGACCGCGGAGCUCACGAGAGAACGACCCCGACGCGCAGUGGCACUUUUAAUGAGCACGAGAAUCCACACGCACCUCGUUAUUGUGUCUAACAACUGGGGCCGCGAGCCACGUGUUGACUCCACGUGCUGUCCCGUAUGGAACACGUAACGAAGCCGGCGAGGUUAUGGUGGCACUGUUGCUGCAUCCUCAGAGCGCAGCGAGCACCCCCACACACACACACACACACACACACACACACCUGAGAGGCAUGAUGAUGUAUGAGGAAGAGUCCCAGCAGGAUGUGGCUGUGCUCCAGACUCUAGAGUCGCCCGGGAAUCCCGGUGCAGGAGGAGGAGGAGGAGGAGGAGGGCCUCUGUCCUUCACAGAUGAAGCCGUGUCCAUCCUGACCUCCGGCGGCCUGUUGGCACGCUCCCUGCUGGGCCGCGGCUCGGCCGUCAAGCGCAAGGAGAGCCCGUCCUCGCCCGGCGGCGUGCGGCGCCAGCGCGAGUUCAUCCCCGUGGACAAAAAGGACGAAGGCUACUGGGACAAGCGGCGGAAGAACAACGAGGCGGCCAAGCGCUCGCGGGAGAAGCGGCGCGUCAACGACGUGGUGCUGGAGGGCCGCGUGCUGGCUCUGCUGGAGGAGAACGCCCGCCUCCGGGCCGAGCUCCUGGCUCUCAAGUUCCGCUUCGUGCUGGCGAAGGACUCCCCGUCCGGCGCCGCCGCUCCGCCCCUCGCCGCCGACCACGGCGCCCAAACCCUGUCGCCGCACUAUUACCUCCACAGAGGCGAUGGAGGCCUCCACGCCGGCAACCGGACCGGCCCGCCAAGCUCCAGAGCCUCCAGGGACGCCGGCAACCUGUCGGAGGACUCCGGGUUCUCCACGCCGGACGGGUCCAGCGUGGGCAGUCCGAUCUUCUUUGAAGACCGGCUGAGCGACCGCGGGAAACUCUCCCCGCACGCGGCAGAGGAGCUGGGCUGCGACCUCCAUCACUCCCCCGGCGGCGUCCACCACGGCGCAGGAGGCGCCGCGGGGAAGUCGGACUACGCCGAGGCGAUAUGGAACCUCCCCCACAAGCUGCGUUUCAAGAACCCCGGCUGCGGGGAGGCGUUCGACGCCGCGGCGGAGAGGCGGAGCCCCGCGCCGUUCGCGGCGGGACAGGAAGGCCCGAGAGAGGCCGCCAAAGGGGACCCGGCGACCGCCGCGCACUACGCCGGCUCCUGGCUCCAGCAGCUGGAUGGCGAGGAGAGCAGGAAGGGGAGGCGGUCCCCGCAGUGCGGCGGCGGCGGCCUCCAAGGACCGAGCGAGGCGGUCCAGUACAAGCACGAGAACACGAACCUGAAGUCGCAGCUCAACUCCCUCAGCGAGGAGGUGGCGCAGCUGAAGAAGCUUUUCACGGAGCAACUCAUGGCCAAGGUCAACUGAGGCCUGUGUGUGUGUGUGUGUGUGUGUGUGUGUGUGUGUGUGUGUGUGUGUGUGUGUGUGUGUGUGUGUGUGUGUGUGUGUGUGUGUGUGUGUGUGUGUGUGUGUGUGCGCGCGCGCGGGCUCAGGUCCACGCCAGGCGUUCACGCGGACUGAUAAAAGAGAACGUGCAAGUCUAACGAACUUUUAACAAUGUCUGUUUUUUUUAUUUUGAAUGCUGUAUUAUUAUAUUUUAAUAAAUGUCUCCCUCGCCCAGGGAGUCUUAUCCGCGUAAGUUCUCUCUCUCCGCCCCACACACACACUGUGAUGACUUCACAAAAGACAGCGCCAAACUGUUUUACAUCACAGAGUCGCGACGCAAGCUCCGCCCCCCCCCGGUUAUUAAGUGACAGCGGCCCGGUUGGCGAGCAGGUUUUUGGUUGCGACAUAUCGCGAUGGAGGAGGUGGUCACACAGGAAGUGAAACGUGGCAUGCUGGGAAAUCCUCCAAAGAAAGGUUUGCUUCCUCCUCACUGAACCCUCGAGGCUCACGGUCAUGUGGGCGAUGCCUUCAGGGUCUCCCGGGUUGAGUUGUUUGAACGGACGUGUUAUCUGUGCAGGCGAUGGGGGAAGAGUUCAAUGUCUGCCGUCUUUUAUGUACAUUUUCAUAUUAACAAAAAUAAAAAUAAAAACAUUUGACAAGA